AUGACGGUGGACAAGUCCGACUUUGCCAGAUUAUUCUCGGAUUUUGUGCCUGAAUCGGCUAAAGAAAAUGACAACUUUUCUGACAUACGAUACGACGAUUACAAGAUCAAAGAAGCGGACUUUUUUCCGGAGUAUAAACUAGAACAUGGAUGUGAGUUAUUUUAUUUUUUUGUUGUUUUAGAUAACAAUUUUGAGUUUUUGGCGAUUUUUGCCUAAGGAUUAUAUGGUUUUGGUAGUUUAGGUAACAAGUAUUUGUCGUAAUAUAAUAUCUUACAUUCUGGGCAGUUUUAGGGCUUAAUUUUGAUGUUUUUCUUGUUUUAGAGACUCAAUCUCUUUUAGGUAACAUCUUUUGAAUUUAUAUUGUUGUAGAUGGAAAAGUAAAGAAAACUAAUCUUUGACACAAAAUUAUAUUGUGUUUUUUCUACUAAGGCCAUAUCUUAUUAAGAAUUUUUUAAUUUUUGUUCUAAAAUAAUAUUAUUCGUCUUUUUCAGUCGGAACCAAGUGUUUUGAUCAUCCAAACCUUCCCUUUCGUCGUCUAGAGCGACAUGUUCGUCGAGAAAUCAGUUUAUUCGGAACAACGGCCGCAUUAUCCGGUAACAAAACACCAUACCGUGUUAACAGUGGUACAAUGUCGCCUCAAGGAAUGACUCCAAUCCACGAUAAUCAUAUGGACACCACUGAUAACAUGGCGUUCCAGACGAUAAAUCCUGAAUAUUGUGAGCUUCGCAAUAAAUUGAACGACGAGUUGAAGGCGUGUGAUGAAUUGUUAUGCAAACAGACGGAAAAUGAUUCGUGGAAGAAGUUUUUUCGUGUUAUUGACGAUUGUGAUACUAUUCAAGUAAGUGAUUGGGUUUUUGUUGUGUUUUUAGGUAUUGUGAAGGAUGUUGAAGAUGGAAAAUCGAUUUGUGAAGGAUAAAAGAACUGUUUUUGGUUGGACAGGGAUAUCUAGGGCUAUAGAUCUUCAGAAAGCUCAUUUUGUUACCUAAAAAUGCAAUUUUGUUCGUCUUUCUUUCUAAAAUAACUUAAAAAUAUUGUUUUUACAUUUUAUUACCUAAAAUGUUGUUAGUAUUAUUCAAAAUAAAAGGUUUACGUUCUGCUAUCUUAAUGUUACCUUAUUGAUACCUAAAAAACCAUUUAAACAGCCUAAACUCCUUAUAAUUCACAAAUUUCAGGAAAUUUACGUAGAAGCCAAAGAAUCUCGGCCAUUGAUUAAAGACGGACCUCGUCAACGUUACCAGAGGUUUAGAGAGAAGGCUUUUGUAUGUGAUGUUUGUGAUCACUGGUUCACCCUGAAACAAAAUGUUCAAAUGCACAUCUUCAACUAUCACAUGGGACCGAAUGUGGUCAAGCCAAGAAGGGGAAAGAGGUACAAGUGCACAAAGUGUGAUCAGGUAAGAGUGUCUAAUCUGUAUAUUGUCCAGGACUGAUUUAUAGUUAUGUAAGAAUGUUGUCUACUAUAAUAUAAUACAAAGUAGACAAAAUUAGCAGCCUGGGGAGCUGCAAAAUGUUUAAACGUUUAAACUCGAGGAUAGGACCUAAAAUGUCUCUUCAGAUGUUCAAAUCCAUGAUUCAAGCCCAAAAACACGAAAGAAGAAUGCACAAGGAGAAGAUACGUCAAAUGUUUUUCCGUUGUGAACAAUGCAGCAAAGUGUACCAAACAGCAUCUCAACUACGUGAACAUGUCUCGAUUAUGCACUUAAACGAAAGACCAUUUAAGUGUGAACAGUGUGAUGCAGCGUUUGGAAGAAGAGGAGGAUUGAGAAGACAUAUUGUCAUGGUACACACUGGACAUACCUACAAGUGCCCGGUGGAAGGCUGUGAACAUCCUGGGUACAAGUGCUCUAAGGUAGGUUAAUAUAAGGUGUAUUGCAUUGAAUUGGGAAGGUUUAAUUUUUUUUUGAAUUGGGGGAUUUGAAGUCGUACUGAAUGGUACUAAAUAGUACUGGGAGUAUAAUUUCGAUUUUUUAAACUGUAUGGUACUAAAUUGUAUUCUACUCAAUUUUUUGGACGAUAUAGUACUAAAGUUCAAAAGAAUUGAAAUGUUUUUGUUUUUAGUGCUGUAUAGUACUACUUUUUAAAAUUUUGAAAUUCAAGGCGCACUUUCAGGCCCUAGCAGCUCAUAUCAGAUCAGUUCACACCAAAGAUCGACCCUUUGUAUGUCUUAUGUGCGAGAAGUCAUUUGUACGCAAAAACGACCUCAAAAUGCACGAAUUCACUCACGGCAGUGCAUCAACGUUCGAAUGUGAACUGUGCGGAGAAACCUUCAAACGAGCCGUGUACAGAAAGAAACAUCAAGUUCAUUGCCUUCAACGGGUCGAAAAAGCCAAACAACUGGGAAUCGACCCGAAAGAGUUGAGGAAAUUCGAAAUGUCAAAGAAGAAAAAGGUAUUUUUGGAUUGAAAUUUAAAAAUUUUUUUUGAAGUAGUUAAAAAAUACGUAAAAAAGAACAAUUUUAAAGACUUUUGAGCGUAAUAUACAAAAGUAAGGCCUGAUGUUUAACGAAAAGCUAUGAUUUUUCGUAUUUUAGGCUGAAAAUCUAUGAUAUUUCGAAUUUUAGACAGAAGACUCUCCAUCAACCUCGAAACAAGCUCAAAACGAAGCCGAUCAACCCCAAACCGAAGACGAACCAAGCACAAGUAAAGAAGCGCAAGCUCCCGAACCAAAACGAAAGAAGAAACACAAGAAGAAGGAACCAAAGAUCGGAAGCAAGUUGGAGGAAUCCGUGAAGAAGAUCAAGAAAAUGAAGAGAGAGCAAAAGAAGCGAGAGAGGGCGGAGAAAAAGGAAAAGAAUGCUUGA